CGCACUUUCCGUCUGUAUCUCUCUCUCUCUGGAACACAUGAGCUUCUCCUCUCGAAACCUGAACCGCAGCAGCAGCAGCAGAGGCAUCGACCCCCCUCCCCGCACGCACACACGAAAUGGCUACAAUCGUAACCUCGACCAGGUUUACGGACGAGUAUCAGCUUUACGAAGAGCUGGGAAAGGGUGCAUUCUCUGUGGUGCGGAGAUGUGUCAAGAAAUCCAAUGGCCAGGAAUUUGCUGCUAAAAUUAUUAACACAAAGAAACUGUCAGCAAGAGAUCAUCAGAAAUUGGAACGCGAGGCCCGAAUCUGUCGUCUACUCAAACACCCCAAUAUCGUUCGGCUCCAUGAGAGUAUCUCAGAAGAGGGUUUCCAUUACCUGGUCUUUGACCUUGUAACUGGAGGGGAGCUGUUUGAGGACAUCGUCGCCAGAGAGUAUUACAGUGAAGCUGAUGCAAGCCAGUGUAUCAAUCAGAUCUUGGAGAGUGUCAAUCAUAUUCACCAACAUGACAUCGUGCACAGAGACCUCAAGCCUGAGAACUUGCUGUUGGCCAGUAAGAUGAAAGGUGCUGCAGUGAAACUGGCUGAUUUUGGGCUGGCCAUCGAGGUGCAGGGAGACCAGCAGGCCUGGUUUGGUUUUGCCGGCACACCUGGUUAUCUUUCUCCUGAGGUCUUGAGGAAGGACCCUUACGGCAAACCUGUGGAUAUCUGGGCCUGUGGUGUAAUCCUAUACAUUCUACUGGUGGGUUACCCUCCAUUUUGGGAUGAAGAUCAGCACAAGUUAUACCAGCAGAUCAAGGCAGGAGCUUAUGAUUUUCCAUCUCCGGAGUGGGACACGGUCACCCCCGAGGCCAAGAACCUCAUUAACCAAAUGCUGACCAUCAACCCAGCUAAGAGAAUCACUGCAGAGCAGGCCCUCAAGCACCCUUGGGUCUGCCAACGUUCCACUGUGGCGUCCAUGAUGCAUCGCCAGGAGACAGUGGAGUGCUUGCGCAAAUUCAACGCCCGUAGAAAGCUCAAGGGUGCCAUUCUCACUACCAUGCUGGUGUCUAGAAACUUCUCAGUGGGCCGGCAGCAUACCAGCCCUGCUGCUCCCACCACAAGCACUGCUGCGCUUGCACAGGAAGCAUGCAAAAGUUUACUCAACAAAAAGGCUGAUGGUGUCAAGCCCCAGACAAACAACACUAAAAACAGUGUAAUGAGUGCUGUAGUGAAUGCCAUGAAAGAAAGCAACGCAGCCGCCUCUACACCGAUGGAGCCACAAACUACAGUUGUGCACAACCCUGCUGAUGGCCCCAAGAGCUCCACCGAGAGCUGUAACACCAAUGAGGAAGAGGAUAUGAAAGGUAGGAAAGCCGAGAGCACGCAGGGAGCGAGCAGUGACAGUGCCGUGAUGAGUCAGUGCAGUGCCGGGGACGAGCCGCCCGCUCUGGUGGCCUCACCGCAGGGUUCUCCAGCCACUGUCCCCAUGCAUGACGUUAAGCGCUUUGCAUGGAACGGUUCAGGACAUGCAUCAUGUCCGGAGUUAGAGCACACUCAGUCGGACCCCUGCGCUGCAGCCCAUGGGGCUGCUGGUAUCCCUACAGCGAGUGGGGCCGCAGCUCAGUCUCGUAAGCAGGAGAUCAUUAAGAUCACAGAGCAGUUGAUCGAGGCUGUCAACAAUGGAGACUUUGAAGCAUACACAAGAAUCUGUGACCCUGGUCUGACCUCUUUUGAGCCUGAAGCUCUGGGGAACUUGGUGGAGGGGAUGGACUUUCACAAGUUCUACUUUGAGCACUUGUUAAGUAAGAACAACAAGCCUGUUCACACCACUAUCCUGAACCCUCAUGUUCACCUAAUUGGAGAGGACGCUGCCUGCAUCGCAUAUAUCCGGCUGACGCAGUACAUCGACAGCCAAGGCCACCCACGCAGCUGCCAAUCAGAGGAGACCCGCGUGUGGCACCGCCGUGAUGGCAAAUGGCUUAACGUCCACUUCCACUGUUCAGGGGCACCAGCCGCCCCGUUACAGUGAAACACACAAGACAAAGCUUGCCUGGAUUCUCCAGAUGAUGGGAAUGUUUCUUCUUUGUGGCCGGACGGGCACAUGGAGGCCAGCUGGAUGACAGCUCUUAAAAGUUACAGACACACCAGUGAGGAACUCUUGACAACAUCCAGUUCAACUGUCAACACCUAUCCUGUCCAAUCUUUGUCCAAACAGGAGCUGGCUGCGGCCCCGCCCAAGGGACGGUGCAUGUAUCUGACACCCACAUGGGGGUGCUGUUUUGUCCUUCUCCCAUGGAACCAUCUUUUUUUUUAUGCCCGUUAAAGAUGUUCAGAAGGUGUUGUGAGUACUGAUCUAUGAAAUCAUAAAUAUACUGUAUAUUGUAAAAAAAAAAAAAAAAAUAGCUGAACCAGAAGCUACAAUCAAGUUCGAAAAGCAUUUAUGUAAGUAAAACAGGACGGGGUGAGGGUUUUGGGGUGGGUCAACUUAAAAAGUGUCACAAAAAGGACUAGCGUCCAAAAACUGCUAAAGUUUACAGGGUCGUUAUUUGAAUCUUCCAUCUUGUACACUUUGCAGAUUUUGGGGAAUUAAGGGAAUGGGUCGUCUUAAAGUUCAGAAGUUCUUCAUAUCAAAAGGACAAGAACCAAAGUGUAGUUUUAGUCUUUUUAAAUGAGUGUUUCUUUUUUUUGGUGUUGUUUUUUUUAUGUAACCCGUGUCUAAGAGGUUUGUACGACCCAGGUUUUAGAAUUCUUUUGUGUUAAUGUGGAACUCUUCCUUUUUUCUUUUGUCUUGACAACGUAACUGAAAGAAUUUUAUGUUCAAUUUCAGUUUCUAAGGCUAUUUUAUUUUUUAAGUUAAUCUAAAUAAUCGUGUAAAGAUAUAUAGAGAUAAUUAAAUGAGAUACAAUAAAAUAAUGUUCGGCAUCCAGGUUUAGGCAAAAGAUGCUCAGUAAAGUGUUUGUGUGUGGGGGUGUGUCAGAUUAGAACCAAUAUAAAUUUAACCUCCAUGACCUCUCAUACAAAUUUAAUUGAAGACUUUUCACCCGUUAUUAGUUAAAGUAUAAAAGCCAUUAUAUACAGACCAACCAAAUAUCUACCAGUUGAUUAGCCCAACAAUUCCUGUUGACACUUAGUCACAGGAAAUAGUUGUGUACACGCGUACAUGCACACCACAGCCUCUAAAAACAGACUGUGGUGAUAUAAACUCUAUUACCAGUUUUCUAAGCGAACACGAUCUGAUUCAAUUGUUUGGCUGAAUCUUCACUGCCUAUAACAGAUCGAAGCAAAAAGAAAAGUCAUUUUAACGACAUCAUGACGAAUUUAAGUGACGUUAGUUUUCGAAGAUGGAGAUUUGGCCAAAGUUGUGAAUCAGCCUCUUUAAAUUACAGUUUAAAUGAACCCUUCUUACACUUGCACACACACAGAGACAGUUGCACUGUAAAAGUAUGCAGUUAUUAUAGUAAUGUUUGACUUGUCUAAAUCACCCUGUCCUGAGUGUCAAUGUAGUCGUUGAUGUUGGUGACUGGGGUGUAAAAUGACAUGCGUGCUCUGUAAAUACACGUCGUUCGGUUCGUCCAAUCACAAUGAGCAGGUGGGGAAAUCAGCAAACACGUUAUGUCCAGUUGCCAUAGUUGCGUUGUUUAAAAUCAGCGUUUCAAUGUUUGUUCGAUUAAAAGUCACAGAGGUAUGUCUGUCAGUUUUCACCACAAACUAUACACAGGUUCAUGGCACUAUUUAAACGCGGUUUUAAUGUUACUGUUACUUGAUUGUUAGAAGUGAGGGUUUGGUUUUUACGAGUUCUGUCUGUAUUCGCAGUAAUGCUUUUCAUAACUGCUGCGGUUUUGUCUUUAGAUUUUAGUAGUUUAGUUCCAGAGGCAGUAUAUCGUAAAGUGUGUGGAAAACAAAACAAAAGGCAACCUUACCCCCUCUCCCUGGAAUGCGUCAGUCUUUUGUAUGGAGUUCUCGAUCUGUAAAUACAUGUAGUGUUCACGCCUCGUGACAUAUCAGAAUUGUACCUCCGCACGUGUGUAAGUGUGCGCGCGUUUAUCACAUUAACGACAACAUCCUUAAAGUAGUGAUGCCGUCAGAUUAUGUGAUGCCGUUUUCACAUCCGUUUUGUGUCUCGCGCUCUUUCGUUUUUUUUUUUUUUUAUUAUUAUUAUAUUGUUUUCCUUAGUUUGUUUGUGCUAUGGGGAAAUGCUGCCUUACCUGGCCAAACUUAGAACUGCAGCGACUUUUUAUUAUAUAUUUUUUUUUUCAAUCCAUCCAAUUCCAAGAGUUCCUUUUUCUGUACAUGGUUGACAUUUUCAGCUCAAUGAAAAGGAAUGAGAUGGCUACGAGGGCACACUGGUUGUAGACUUAGAGAAAUAAAUAAAUAUCCACCCCAUGAAAGCUUGGUUUGAUUCCAGGGUCAGAACGUGCAAAUUAGUCUUCUGGUCCACCCGUCCAAUAACAGAGAAGUAAAAAUCAAUAAACUGGCAAAUAUGCAUGUCUACUUUUCUUGGUAAAUCUUUUUUCCACUGUCUGUUAACUUAAUUAUAUAUAUAUAUAUAAAAAGGAAAGAAAAUCUCAUAGUAUUUGCAUCUCGACAUGAAAACCACUCCAUUGGAAAUUAUAAGUGACGUACCAUAUUUAAAAUAAAAUUAAAAAAAAGUAGAAAAUAGUGAAAAGAUAUAGAAAACAAAAGCCUCUGCUUGGUAUGCUCCCCUCAUUCUAAGUAAAUCUAUUGCAUUGUAAUGGUAUACUCUUGGGCUUCGUAUGUACUCUAAGUUUAAACAUGGAUGCUGGAUUUUGCAUGAUCAUGCAUUUAAUAAAACCAUGAAAUGGCAACUAUCAAGUGUUUGUCUGAAUGUUAGUAGGUCUUCAUCAUAGCUUCAUUAUUAUUGAAACUUUAUCUGGAAAGUAUUUAAUAAAAAGAUCAUU